CCCCCGCAAUGGAGAAAUACCUAGCUCGACGCUCCACUGCGUGAUCGUCUUAGCAUCUACUAGUCCCACGACGAAGCCUCAUUGGGACAUGGCACAGGGGACAGGGGUUGUUGGAUCGCCCCCCGAGUCGUGUAUCUCUUUGGCAUCUGCAUCUCUUCCUCCCUCCCUGUCCCUUUCUCCAAAUAUUGUAUCUGAUCCUGGCACAGGGGGGUUUUUUCUUUUUCUUUUUUUUUCUUGUUCUUCCUUUUCUCCUUCACUCUCACUCGUCUUCAUACUUCUCGACAUCUCGCCUGUCAUACGGCAUCUCUCUUCCUACUCCGAACUCCUCAAAUCGUUCAUCUUCGUGUGUAUCACAGCCCCCGACGUGCCGUACUCACCCAUCUAUUCUCAUUUUCUGAGAGUGCUUCUCAACUACCACCGUCCUCCUUCUAGGGUAUUAUAUCCCGCCACCCGCCAACCUUCACAAGUUCACAACAAUGGCGGCUCCCACGGAGAUGGCUCAUGCACAAGUGCCUCCCUCCACGGCAUCAGUCUCAGAUGCUGCAUCAGACCCAAAGAUGUCCAAACUUCCCGCCAAAAUUCGCAAACGUGCCCCCAAGGCUUGUUUGUCCUGCCGAGCCCGCAAGGUCCGUUGUGACGUCUCACAACGGGGAAGGCCUUGCAUGAACUGCUAUCUCGACAGCGAGACAUGUGUUGUCACCGGCCGCGCCUCCAGAUUUAGGAGAGCGCAGCGUGAAGGGGCCGAGAACGUGCAGGCCUCCUAUCCGCCUUACUCCUCAACGGCCGCCCCCUCGGGCAUCUCGGCCGAGACCGUCGUCAAGUCGCGUCUGGAUGGUCAGCCCAUUCCCCUGGCCUCACCACCGGCUCGGCAUAAUAUCAUCGAGGCUUCUCGUGACCAACCUCCGGCCCAACCAGUCGCCCAACCGCCAGCAGCAGCAGCAGCACCACCACCACCACCACCACCACCACCACCACCACCACCACCGCGAGCGGGGUUUCGCCAGGCGGGAGAUGCUCCUUUCACCCACCUAUCGGGGACCACGGAGCAACGGUCAGAGACGCCUGAUGCGAGCCACUCCUCAUGUAACCAGAGACAAGAUCACGAUCAGGACCGUCAUGCUAAACCCGCCGACACCUUCAGGAUACCUUCACGAGCGGGUGCUGGCGCCUCAGCUGCCUCUUCCUCUACCCCUUUCGCAUCAACCUCUUUCCCGACCUCCAACACCCCGCUUUCAUUCAACCCUCAAUCCUCUUCCCAGUGGGCGACAAACAGCCACAACAAUAACAACAGCGAUGACCGGUCCACCAACAAUCUGGCUCUCAACUCAGACAUUACCUACUCCUAUUAUCCUUUCCUUGCCAUCGGGAACCUCCCCAACAUCCCCGCCCAGGACGUAAAUUACCUCGAGCUCCAGGGCUGCUUGCGAGUCCCGACCCGGCCCAUCCUCGACGAAUUUGUCCAGCAGUACUUCCUCCACGUCCACCCGCUUCUCCCUAUGCUCAACGAGGGAGAUUUCUGGGACAUGUACUGCGGCCCUGCCCCCUCCACUGAGAAGAUGUCCCUCCUCCUCUUCCAGUCUAUGCUCUUCGCAUCAUGUAACUUCGUCUCCCGCAACUCCAUCAAAGCCCUGGGCUACCCUUCCAUCCGCGCAGCUCGUGCCGCCCUCUAUCGCCGCGCCAAGCUCCUCCACGAUCUCGACACGGAACCCUCGCCCCUCGCCAUCUCCCAGUCCGCCCUGCUCCUCUCCUUCUGGUCUCCCCCAGCGACCCCGGGUCUCCGGAAGCCCAACGCGGCCUGGCUCUCCAUAGCCAUCCAGCACGCCAAGACGGCCGAAGCGCACCACUACGCGUCUUUUGCCCCCUCAGCCGCCGCAGGCGUUUCCGACGGCUCCCCUUCCCCUUGCGCCUCCUCCUCUUCCGCCUCCCCGCCGCCGAACCAGCAUGCGCAGUCUCACAGCUCAUACUACAACAACGGCCAACAACAGCAACAACAACAGCAGCAUCAUCAUCAACGGCAAUCGCGCCAUCAAAACCAUCAACAACAACGACAACAGGCGCAACAACAGAAACAACAGCAGCAAGACCGCCAAUACGCCCUGGCCGCGAAGAAGCAAAACACCCUCAAGCGGCUCUGGUGGUGCUGCAUCAUCCGCGACCGCGUCAUGGGCCUCGGCAUGCGCCGCCCCCUGCACCUGACCCGAGCCCACUUCGACCCGGACGCCGCCCCCAACUGCCCGGCCCUGGGCGUCCCGGACCUCGCCGACGAGAUCUCCCGCUCGCGCGUCUACCCUCCCGCGACGAAACGCUGCCUGGCGGAGGUGCUCGAGCAGCUGGUCGAGCUCUGCGUCGUCCUCACCGACGUGCUUGUCCUCGUUUUCCCCCUCGACGACAGUCCCGGCUGGGGCCGCGAGAUGCGAGCCGAGGAGAGGGCCCGUGUCCGUGACUGCAAGAUUGCCCUGCGACGCUGGUAUAAGGAUGCCACGCUGCGCUUCCCCAUGUGUGGAGGGGGUACUGCGAGCAGGAAUGCCGGAGGUGGGAGUGGAGGUGGGAGUGGAAGAGGGUCCGAGUUUCAGCACGACUCGGUUAUCCUCUACACCAACCUCAUGUAUAUGUAUUACCACUCCUCCCGCGUUGUUCUCAGUCACCACGAAGUCCUUCACCUAGCUCUCACGGCCUCCGCCCCAUCCUUCGACACAAUCCCCACGCGCGACCUGGCCAUCAUAGGCGAGAACCGCCACGAGCUACAGGACGCCGCCUCGGGCGUGACCGAAUGUCUAAAAGAGCUCAUCCAGCUCCGCCUGGCCCGCUGGCUCCCCAUCAGCGCCGUCGCCUGCACCGCCCUACCUCUCGUCCUCCACAUCCUCGACGUCAAGCUGUCCGCCCCGUCCACGCCCUUCUCCAGGCAGCAACCUUCCUCGUCCGGCGUCGACCCCAACACCCCAUCGGCCGUCAAACAACACCGCCUCAACAUCCUCAUCGAAGCCAUGAAGACCUACCAGCCUCAGUACGACGGCGUGGACCAGGUCUCGGAGACGAUCCGCCACAUCGUCAACCUCGCCCAGCUCGACCUGCCCCCGACGUCCCCGUCCCGCCCCAUCUCGGACUGGACCGACAUCCUUGCGUCCCAGCCGUCCUCGUACCUCCGCCUCGCCCUGACCAUGGACCUUUCGCUCUCCAAGGGCCGGCUCCCCGAGGAUCGGGACUUUCCUGUUAGUCUUCGCGGCCUGUUCACGGGCGGGUUCAACCCGCUGCGGAGUCUCCUGGAGAACAAGAAGCGUCUGGAUGACCAGUAUGCUGCCGGGGCGGGCGCCAUGGGCGUGAACACGGACUUGAACAUGAACAUGGGCAUGGGCAUGGGCAUGGGCAUGGAUGGGCCAUCCUACGUCGAUACCUCCGGGCACGCCCACUCCUUCUUAGGCCCCAUGGACACGACGGGAGCCACCACCAACAUGUCCAUGCUCCACGCCGUGGACUUUGACAGCGGCACGCUGCGCCCCUCCCUGUUCAACCUGCAACCCGGGACGGUGACGGCCAUUCCGUCAGACGAGGACACGGAUUCGCCGGGUUCGGCGCGGGACAACAGUCCCGCGGGCAUGAUGGACGAACUGUCGCCCAAGCAGCAGGCCCAUCACAGCAACACAUGCAAUCACAGCAAUAACCACAGCGGCGGCGGCAUGGACGUCGACAUGGACGCCGACAUGCGGCGGAUGCACAUCCACCAGAACCAGAACCAGAACCAGCAGCCACGGCCCCCGUCCGAGGGCAUCGCGGGUCUCUCGUCCGAACAUGAAGUGCUCGCCGCGUCGUUUGCGCUCCACGACGAUCCGUCCCCCCACGCCGGGGGCGGGUUCGACGGCAUGUACCUGGACGGCGCGGACCACGAAGGCGCGGAGGCGGAGCAGGAUGCGGGCGACUGGAUGGAGAAGGCGUGGGAGGAAAUAGGACAGGCGGUGGAGGAGAACAAGGCUGACCGGGACUCGGCGAGGGCUUUGAUGGAGGCGUUGAGGGACGGGGAUAUUAGUGAGGCGGUGGCGGUGGCGGCGACGGGGGGGUGUUAGUUGAUAAUGUUCGGGGCGACCCUUGUCAGAUCAUGGGUUAACAUGGUUUCGAUGAUUGUAUUCAUGGAUGCAUCGAAAAUGGGCCGAUUAGGAAAGUCAUGGCGAAUCUGAUAAUAUUUUGCAAGUAUAUCCGUGUGGCAGGGAGAGAGAGAGAGAGAGAACACUACUAUCGAGUCUUUAUAUGCCCGCUCACCACCUCACCACCCCAUACUCACGCGCAAGGAAGCUCCGGUAAGCGCCUUCGCACCCCCCACAGCAACAAUCAAAGCC